AGCAAUCAUUGGCUCAGGGCGCGUGCGCGCACAGCAACCGCUGGGCGCCGGGCGCGAUGGCAAGCUUCGGACGGAAGCCGGCCCGCCAGGGCCGCCAGGCGCUGGCCGGCGCCUCGGCACCGCGAGACGGGCCUGCCGGUGGCGCAGAGGACAAGUCCGACGCCCUCCGGAGGCUGCUCCGGGAGGAGGCCGAGCGAGAGAAGUACGCCGAGGAGUUCGCGGCGCGCGGCGAGAGGGAGCGCGAGGAGGCGAGGCGGGCCGGCGAGGCCCAGGCACAGCAGCGGCGGGCGCACGAGGAGGUGGUCCAGAAGUGGAAGGGUCGGCCCAACCCGAUCGUCUUCCUGGACGUGCAGGUGCGCGGCCCCGGGCAGCACGUGCUGGCGUCUGGACGCCUCGAGAUCGAGCUGUUCGCCGACCAGGUGCCGAUCACGGCGGAGAACUUCCGAUGCCUCUGCACCGGCGAGAGAGGUCGGACGCCUUCGGGGCCGGGAGGUGGACGCCUCCACUACAAGUUGUCGAAGUUUCACCGUGUCGUCCCAGGCUUCAUGGCGCAGGGCGGCGACAUAACCCACGGCGACGGUACUGGUGGUCUGUCUAUCUACGGCCCCACCUUUCUCGACGAGAACUUCAAGCGCCUGCACUCCAGGUGUAACCUCCUCUCGAUGGCCAACAGUGGCCCCGACUCCAACAACUCGCAGUUCUUCGUCCUGUUCAAGCAGUGCAAGCACCUGGACAGGAAACACGUCGUCUUCGGAGAGAUCGUCCGCGAGGACGGCGGCGUCAUGAAGAGGAUAGAGUCUAUCGGCUCCGAAGACGGCUCUGUAGAUGGCCAGAUUCUCAUCACCAAUUGCGGAGAACUGGCUGGAGCCGAGGACGAGCAGAGGCGACGCCAUGCUUCCAUCCGAGGGAGGCGAAGUACGGUAUCUUGAGCUCAGGAAGGUGAUUCGAUCAGAAUUGGAACCAUUAUGUUGGUGUUGUUGCGUGGGAAGCAGCGCUCACAGGUUUACGAUUACGCGUUCGUGCCCCAAUGUUUUCUUGUGGAGUACUGCUCCACACUAGGCGAAGAUCAGCGCCGAACGAAUAGUGUAUGAAACUAUGACGGGAAGUCACAUGUUUUACAUGAUUACGCGAGGCCAUCUUGAUCUUCAUGAAAUGAUCCAUGGAUUUAGGACCGUUGUUCGAACAUUUACGCUAAAUCUAUGGUAGGCUUGACUCCGUAAAGUAUCCCUGUGCCUUUACUCUCCUUCCCUCCUCUGCUUUUGCCUGGUGGCUCAUUGCUUGUGGUAUAAGUUGUCCAGGGAAGGUUUCAUGUCGUUGCCGUCCCCCUCGUGAUAGUUAUGUAAUCCCAGGUGGCGCGCUAGCACCCGAGCGAAUGAUGCAUUUAUGAAACGUGGUAUCAACGUCGGUCAUGAUGGAUGGCAUCGGCAAGAAAGAAGUAUCACGUGUAGUAUGCCAUGGGUCGGCUGCAUGUUUGUGCCGUUGCUUGUCAUGGGGCAAGUCGUUGCGCAUAACACUAAGUAUUGCAAUGUUGGGCACGCUCUUGUCGGCGGAUUUGUUGCGGUGCGCGAACCAGGUCUCGGGACAGAUUUCGCGACCGGUCCCGCUCAAAUUCUCCGAGCAAGCGGAAAAGGCAACGUGCGUGCUACAUUUGAUUCGCGGAAAAUGGUUUGGGGGCGGCGCGAUGCGGUCAUUCCCUUUUGCUUGCAUACGGUUGGGAAGGUUUGGAUAGCGUGUCGCUCGGCCUGUUCUGGCCCACCGCGCUCUGGAGCG